UUCUUGUUUUGCACUUGCAGUCACACUGCUGUUUAUUUAUGUUUAGUCGCUGCUGUCGAAAAUUAUUGCAUAUUUUAGUUUAGUCAAGUAAAAAGUGUAAUUUUAAAACAAAUUCAGCUGCAACAAAAAACGAACUAAUAUCGGGUUAAGAAUAUCAGAGCGUUUAUCUUGCGGCAGCAGCGGUAGUUACGCGACACUUGCAACACUUGUAUGGCCGUGUGUGUUUUUCUAGUCUGCUGAGACCCAGAAAUAGAAAUUCUCUUGGCCAAACCAAAAAGGCAUUUUGUGUAUUAUAUAUAUAUAUACUAUAUAUACAUAUGUAUUUGUAUGUAUUUACAUAUGUGUAUAUUGAGUGAAAGCGCGUGUUUUAGUCAUAUUUAUGCGCGUGCCUAGGCAAAUGCGCUCCGGCGGCGACAUCAGCAGCCGCGUUAGUUAAAAGUAAAAAAAAAAAAAAAAUUGCCAAAAAGGUGGGAGGCAGCAAGCAGUAAAAAGGGAACGAGGGCUUCACCUCAUUACUCAUCCGUCUAUUUUGUGCGUGCAAAAAACGACAAGCGAGACAGCAACAACAACAACAACGAUUACAUACAACGAACGACGACAAGCAGCAGAGGCGCAACAAAUGUUUGUUAAAACGUAACAAAGGUAAAGCUGACGGAAAUUUGAGAGCAGGAUUUUGGAACGGAUCUGGCUGGAGCUGCAAGCGAAAUGGAGCAACCAUUGAUUGUGAGAGCCGAAUAUUCGUUUAUGGGCAGCAACAACGAUGAGCUGUGCUUCAAGAAGGGUGACCUAAUCACGGUGACACAGCGCGAGGACGGCGGCUGGUGGGAGGGCACACUGAAUGAUAAGACUGGCUGGUUUCCCAGCAAUUAUGUGAUCGAGUACAAGGCUCCGUUGCCGCUGGCUGAGACCAUACGACCGCCCGAGGAAAUACAAGAAUACCGUUCCGUGGUGCUCAAGGAUCUGCUCGAUUCGGAACGAGCACAUGUCGCAGAGCUGCAAGGAUUGCUCGAGAAUUUCCUCGAACCCAUGCAGCAGACGCAAAUACUCAGUCAGGAUGAGUAUGCGCAGCUAAUGUGCAACUUUGUGGAGGUGGUGAAGACGCACGAGGAUCUGCUCACACAGAUUGAGGAGUGCAACGAGCGCGUGGGCAAACUAUUUCUAACCAGUGCGCCGCUUAUGAAAAAAGUGCAUCAAGCCUACUGUGCCGCACAUCCCAAGGCCAUAGUUAUAUUGGAUAAGUAUAAGGAUGAGCUGGAGAAGUAUAUGGAGCGGCAGGGCGCUUCCUCGCCGGGUCUGCUAGUCCUAACUACGGGGCUGUCGAAGCCUUUUCGCCGCCUGGACAAGUAUUCGGCUAUGCUGCAGGAGCUGGAGCGUCACAUGGAGAGCAGCCAUCCGGACCGUGGCGAUACACAGCGAAGCGUGGCUGUCUACAAGGACAUUGCGGCCACCUGCUCGGCUACGCGCCGCCAGAAGGAGCUCGAGCUGCAGGUGUUGACGGGGCCGGUGCGCAACUGGCAGGGUCAGGAGCUGAGCACGCUGGGCGACAUCAUACACAUGGGCAGCGUGGCUGUGGGUCCGGAUCACCGCGAUCGCUACUUUGUGCUAUUUCCCCAAACGCUGCUCAUACUGAGCGUUAGCCAGCGCAUGAGCGCCUUUAUCUAUGAGGGUAAAUUGCCAUUGACGGGCAUCGUUGUGAACCGCCUGGAGGACACGGAUGUCAUUAAGAAUGCCUUUGAGAUAAGCAGUUCGCUCAUCGAUCGCAUUGUGGCCGUCUGCCAGGGACCCAACGAGGCCAACAAGUGGGUCGAGCUGCUCAAUGCCAACAAUCCCAGUCUGCCCAUGGGCAUCAAGCGUCAGCUGAGCAACCUAAGCAACUCCUCGCUGGGCGGUCAGCAGCUGAAUGCUUCGCACCUCAAUCAGCAUCUGGAUGCGCGCGGCUAUUGCACACGUUUCUCGCUGUGCGCCUACUACAGUCAGCCGCUGCAGCAGUCAGCCCCACUGCGUCUCACCUUGCCGCCCAAUAGUUACCCACCAACGGCGCCGUAUGCCAAUCUCAGUGCGCAUUUCGCACGGCUCGUCAAGGCGGGACGCCUGCGCAGCGCGAUUGUUAAGAUGCUGCUGUAUCCGCAGGCGAGGCAGAGCAUCGAUCUCAAGCGAAUUGCCUUGCGCAAGAAGCGCUGUCAUAAAGCCGCCAAGCUGCUCAAGGAUAUCAAUGCGAAUAGGCAGGAGUCAACAGUGUCUUCGCAGUCACAGUCGGAGCUGGAGCGUCAGAAUGCCAUUGAGCUGCCCACCGACUCGGAGAGCUAUGACGAUGAAUAUGAUAAUGAAUGUUUGCGCAGCUGUGAUUCGGAUCCGUUUGAGUAUGUGCGCUUCUAUCAGCACAGGCCUCUGGAGUCCACAUGCAAUUCCACGGGCACAUUUGUGAAGCACGGGCAGCGCCACACCUCAUCCAUAAAUUUAAUCAAAGUGGAUUCCCUCGAUACGGAGGAGCUGCAAGUGCAGCACGAGCUAAAGAAGGAGUCGCUUGUUAUUGGUUCCAAGGCGUUGCGGGCGCUCUCUCGCAAAUCGACUGAGCGCAACUCCAGUGUGCACACCUCAACGGCUACCAUCAAUUUGGGUGGCUCCAGCAUAACCAACUGCGUGGAAGAAGAAGUGGAAGAGCUGGAGGUGCCGGUGGAGGUGGAUCAGGCAGUCGAGCAGCUUUCGCAGCCCUCUACACUAAAGCAGCAGAGCUCCGAUGCGAGCUCCUUGUAUGGAGCUCGCCUGGGCGGCGCUUUUAUGGCAUGCGAAAAUCUGGCCAGCAUUCAUGAUGAUCUCAGCCCAGAGAAGGCGAAGCCACUGCCCGCUGCCACACAGCUGUCCGCCUCGCCCACCGAGCGGCACAGCAUGCCCAGUAUUUUUGUGGGCAAUCGAUUCAAUCGUUGCGCCGACACAGAGGUCUAUGUGCCCACAUGGCGGGAGCGCCAGCAGCAGCAGCAGAACCAAAGUGUGGAUGCUCAGCUGCUCAACGAGGAGGACGAGUGCGUGCACUCCAGCACGAUGGAUUUGCCAGCUGCAUGUCUAGCUGCCCCCGAUCAGCUGCAGGCUGAGCUGUUGUAUAACUACGACCAGGCGGUGGAGCAGCGGGCAUCACAUAAGAGCGACAGCCCCAGCACGGGUAAUCCACGUAGUGAGCCGUCCGCUGUGCGCAGGAACUCAAGCAACGAGCUGUGCAUAGAGGCUAAUCGGCCGGAAAGCAAACGGGAUUCCAUUAGACGCUGCAUCAGCUAUCAAUUCUUGCAGAUGAACAAUCGUUCGGCUGCGCCGCCUCCACCGCCACAGGCACCGCCGGGUGCUGCACGACGGGAUCAGCAGCCGGCACAGCACAGCCAGUGCAAAUGCCGAUGCUGUGAGAGUUCGCAGUGUCCCAGUCCGCGUUCCAGUGAUAGCGGCAUGGCAGGCAGCUGCACGAUAGCCUCACCGGAUCCACCCAAUGCAGAGUGCUGCGGCACGGAUGUGCUCGACAAUGUGGAGCCGGAGCAGCGCUUUGAUGUGUGCGGAAUGUUUCGUGAAAAGUUCUUGACGCCCGAGCAAACGCAGGACGAGGCGAAGGAGGAGUCGCAGCAUGAGCCGAAGUCGACGGACUCUGAGCCGAAACUGGAAUCACCUACCACGCCGACCACUCAAUCCAGUGCCCAAUUCCAAAUCAAUACAAAAAGUAUUUUUCUGGCCUCCAGCUCCAUGGAUGAAGCCAUGCCCACAGCCACAUCAAAUGGUCUCCAAUUUAGCGACAGCUGCUCCGCGGAUCAGCUCCACAGGGAGCCACGGCCCACCUUUCGAUCCGGCAUGUAUGCGCACUGGUGGAAGAAGGAGCGACUGCCGCCGGAGGUGUUGCGCGGCAUAGCGAGCGCCUAUAACAAGCGUUUGCCCUCGGUGACGGCCAGCGACAGCAAGGAUUCCAAUUGCUCGACCAACUCCGUGUGCUCCAGCUGCUAUUGCUCGCUGGGAGCGAGCGGAUUCAGCGAGGGCGCCAUUUACUGUGCGCUCUGUCACAAUUGUGGCGAAUAUGCAGGCAGCAGCACUGGCACCACCAAUACAACCACCACAACCGCCUCGAUCUGCUCCAAUUGUCCGGUGUGCAGCGAGGAUAUGGAUCUCAAUCCGUCUGGAACGCAGCGACGACGAGAAGCCUUCGCUGCGGCACAGCCGUCGUAUUCGUUGUCGCUCGAUUGUCCGAUUUGUGCGGCACGCGUAGCUUUAGCAACCGAAGAAGAUGUCUCCGCCAUCGACGCACAGCCUGUUGCUGCCGCCCGGCAGUCGCAAUCCGACGCCCAGCAGCAUCAGCAACAACAGCUGCAACAACAUCAAUAUCAACAACAACAACAACAGCAGCAGCGUCAACAGCAACAGCAACAGCCAGCAGCAGCUGGCGGGCUCGGCGGGAGCAUCGGCAGCAGCCACAGCGAUGUCACAACACAAACGGAGCCUCUCCUUCAAUCAUCAUCUGAGCUACAACCAAUACACGCACACUCAGCCUCCACAACAUCAUCUGCAUCCACCACAACCACCAAGUCUACCAAGUCAUCUGGGGCAGCUAAACCACAAAUCAAAUUUAGCCCCGACACCAAGCAGCAAGACAGCAGCGGCCACGGAAUCAAACCAGGCGGCCAUCCAAGCAGCGGCAGCGGCAGCAGCAGCAGCGGCAGUGGCAACGGCGGCGCCAAACGCAAAGAAAGGAAGCACAAAGGCUAACUGGACCAUCACCUGUUUGCGUCCGACGCCGCCCUUACGGCCAAGUUUGUUAAACACAAUCAGCGGCUCCAAUUCCGGCUCCGGCUCCG